AUGGUUGCAGGACUGAGCGCAAACAGGGGGAAGGACUCCAGCAUCAGCACCUCCAUCUUCUACACGAGGUGGUUCAAGGACGCAGAGGCCGGUGUGAGAGAUGAAGGGACGUACAAGGCUGAUGCCCUCGACGAAGGGGCCAGGGGGACUCUGCUGUUUGACCUGGCGGUGCCUGAGGGGACGGACAUGAAGGGCUGGCUGGGAUCGUUGGACGUCUUCAUCUCCUUCGAGUCUCCCCUCCUCGCCAUCUUCCAGCUCGCCGAGCGGCUGCGCGUCCGCAGGUCGAUCCUCGUUCUCAACAUCGACUGGUCCUGUGCCAAGGAGAUCCGGCGGAUCUCGGAGGUCCCGAACCUUCAGUUCUGGGUCAAGGGGCCGGGUGGAGGAGCAGCUACUGGAACAUACCAACGUGUCUGUCGUGUACCAGGGGUUCCGGUUUUGGCCACGGACGGCUGGCCGAUGAACGAAGUCGUGACGGACAACGUGAACGGAUUGCUGCUGAAGGCAGCCUACAUGGGAAACUUCUUUGCUGAUGAUCACAAGUGCACCAUACAAGAGUUUGCUGAGGAUUCAUGCAAAGAGAUGAUGGGUCCACACUGGGAAGUAGACGUGGAGGACAUGGCGCGUGCGAUCGUGAGGUUCUCGACCGAUGAGGAGCUGAGGAGGAGGCUGAGUGCUCCCCACCCGCACGUGCUGCUGUCUCGUCAGUUUGCGUUCAUGAACACCAUGUGA